UGUUUAGUCUCCGGUUUAACGACCGGUAUUGUCAUGUGAUGUUCAAAUUAGAAAGUCAUGUGAGCUGCGUAGCGGAAGUUUGGUCAGUUGCAUCAUGGCGGUGGUGAGGAUGGUCUUUUCUUAAGUGUUCAGCAGUAAAUGCAUGGUUUUAUUUCGCGUAAUCCCGACAGGCAGUGUCCACGGGGAAACUUUUUAUUGUAAAGUACCAACAUGGGUCUUGAAUAGCAUUCACAGCUGUAUGUAACGACGAAAGGAAUAAGGACUGGUGACAGUGAGAAGAAAGAAGCGUCAAGCCUGACUCAUCCUCCCAGCAGCAGCCAUGUCUCUGGGCGAGCAAACAUCUGACUCGGCGCCAUUCUUCUCUGACAGCGAGGUGGAGGGUCCGGAGGAGCAGGGCGGGGCGGCGGGGCAGCAGCCAGAGGAGGAGCCGGCCAGUGGGGUGUCCAAAGUCCGAGCGCUGCUGACCGUCUUCAUCCUCUGCUACAUAAACCUGCUCAACUACAUGGACAGGUUCACUGUGGCAGGUGUUCUUCCUGACAUAGAGCAUUAUUUUGGGAUUGAUGAUGAAAAAUCUGGCUUGCUCCAAACAGUUUUUAUUUGCAGCUACAUGUUUCUGGCUCCGAUCUUCGGGUACCUGGGUGACCGGUUCAACAGGAAAUACAUCAUGAGUUUUGGUAUUGGAUUCUGGUCCUUGGUGACACUUGCCGGUUCCUUCACACCAAAAGACCAUUUCUGGGCCCUGCUGUUCACGCGAGGCCUGGUUGGAGUCGGCGAGGCCAGUUACUCCACCAUUGCUCCCACAAUGUUAAAUCUGAUGUUUUUCCCAUGAUUUCUCCAUCAAACCUUGUCUUUAUCUUUUGUAACUGUUAGUGGUCUUGGAUACAUCGUAGGGUCACAAGUCACUGCCGUAGCAAAGGACUGGCACUGGGCUCUGCGGGUGACUCCGGCGUUGGGGCUGAUCGCAGUGCUGCUGCUGCUGUCCGUGGUCAAGGAGCCGAAAAGAGGAGCCAUUGAAGCUCGACAGGACCUGCACCAGACCAGCUGGCUAACAGAUCUGAGGGCCCUGAGCAGGAACUGCAGCUUUGUGUUGUCUACUUUCGGCUUCACAGCAGUGGCUUUUGUCACAGGCUCUCUGGCUCUUUGGGCGCCAACUCUCCUCUUCAGAGCAGCAGUCUUCGCCGGGGAGAGAGCUCCCUGCGUGGAGGGGCACUGCGCCUCCUCAGACAGCCUUAUUUUCGGAGUCAUCACCUGCAUCACUGGUGUGCUGGGCGUGGCCAGUGGUGUGCAAGUUAGUCGGCUGCUGAGGACGAAGACGCCCAGAGCUGACCCGCUGGUCUGUGCUACUGGUCUGCUCCUGUCAGCACCGUUCCUCUACCUGGCCCUCGUUUUUGCUGAGGCCAGCACCAUCGCCACUUAUGUCUUUAUUUUCUUUGGAGAAAUGUUCCUGUGCAUGAACUGGGCCAUUGUGGCUGAUAUUCUACUGUAUGUGGUUGUUCCCACUCGGCGCUCCACGGCUGAGGCUGUGCAGAUCGUCGUCUCUCAUCUGCUGGGAGAUGCAGGAAGUCCGUACCUGAUCGGAGUGGUUUCAGACUCUUUGAAGAAGACUGACUCAUUUCUCUGGCAGUUCCGAUCUCUGCAGCUCUCUCUGCUGCUAUGCGCCUUCGUGUCUGUGGUGGGCGGAGCUUUCUUCCUCGCCACCGCACUCUUCAUUGAAAGAGACCGACAUCGGGCUGAGAACUAUGUCUCCGCAGAUGGCGAGCCAAUUGUCGUACCGAAAGGCGGCCGUUCCACCCAGGUAUCGGUGUCCAGUGUUCUGAUCUGACAGAAAGCUGAGGGAAGUUCUUCUUGUGUUCCGCCUGGGCCUACACACCUCUGGUCACUUUACUUGUGUUUUUUAGGACUGAACACUAUCUGCCAUGCAGAAACAUUUUAGGAUAUGUUUAUUUAAAAACUUUUUUUUCUUUUGGUCAAUAUUACAUUUUUAUAACCUGACCUGGGAACGUGCCGGCAUUUCAGGAGAUACAUUUGCAUUUGGUUUCCAGAUGUUAUUUUUGACAUGAGGUUUACUGUAAAGUUUUUCAGAGCAGAUUUGACUUUGAAAGACAAGAGACUGAGGAGAAGCAGCAGAAGCUGCUCUCUGGGUUUACGUUUACAUGUUACUCCACACUCAGGAGCAUGUUGACCAGAGUGAAGCGACAUGACUGUAAACCAAUAAAUAUCUUGUUUACCAUCGGUGGCAGUCAAAGCUCACUGAUUUUGGAUGAGCCAGAGAUCCAGAAAAGAUAGACAAUAAGAUCCAAUAUCCUUAGUUUUAACUAUAACCAAAAAAAAAGGUUGCCAAACUUUGAGUGAAUUCUUUUUUUGUGGGGUGAGGGGUACAGGGCAAGCUUUAUUAAUCAGCUUUCAUAAUCAUGUAUUAUAGGUUUGAAUGAGUUUGAAUAACACUAACCUUCUUCCAGUUCGGUAAAUGAAUGGAGAAAAAAGGGAAGAAUCCUUAUUAGCCCUUUACCUUUUUAUUCAUUUAUCUUUUACAAGCAUUACUACUGUUGUGUUUAAAGCAGGGCUUUUUAAAGAGCUGCGACUUUCUAUUUCAGCAUUCUCGCAGGUCUCUCUCUGGCUCUUCGUGUCAUGUCAAAGCACAGUCUGGCUCAGUGCGCUUCACCAGGUCAACCCAGAAACUAGUUUGAUGGUUUGUGUCCAGCGAAGGCAGGUAGAGCACAUGCUGCUGAAAAUGUCAUGUUAACAAUGGUCAUUUAAAAAGGAGAGAAGCUUUUAAAUGAAUGUGAAUAAUCAACCUCACACUAUUUUAGCUGAUGUUUUUUGUGAGCUAUUAAACCAGAAUAAACUUGUCGGAUGUUUGUGUUUGUAGUUGAUGAAGGCAAAAAUGUCUGUCAUGGAAAUGUGUUGGUAACAUUUUAGUAACAGGUACAAAAAUCUCAACAAGAGCAUGGAAAUAGUUUUUUUUUUUUGGUUUGUUUUUUUUAAUGAGCCAAGAUAAGAAAAUAUGUUGAUACUGACACAGAAGUGGCAGGAUAGAAAUUUGUCAGCAUGCCAACAUGUGAAUAUUGUAUUUAAAUAAUUUUAAAAUCAAAGU